AUGGCAUCUGGAUUUGUCGACCCCAGGAUGACCUCCGUCAAGCCUCGCAUCCGCUACAAUACCAUCGGAGGUAUCAACGGACCGUUGGUCGUUCUGGAUAAUGUUCGUCUGUCCCGAGACCUCCCAGUCCGGAGCUGCAACGGAGGCUCUCAGUUGGUUGUCAAAUUUCCCCGUUACAAUGAAAUCGUGUCCCUGACCCUUCCUGAUGGGACCGAGCGGUCGGGUCAAGUCCUGGAGGCUAGAGGAAAUAAGGCAGUCGUUCAGGUGUUCGAGGGUACUUCGGGUAUCGAUGUCAAAAAGACCAAAGUCGAGUUCAGCGGCCACAGUUUGAAGCUGGGUGUGUCGGAGGACAUGUUGGGUCGUGUUUUCGAUGGCUCUGGUCGCGCAAUUGAUAAGGGCCCAAAGGUCCUGGCGGAGGACUAUCUAGAUAUUAACGGUCAACCAAUUAACCCCUACUCCCGAGUGUAUCCCGAAGAGAUGAUAUCUACCGGUAUCUCUGCUAUCGACACGAUGAACUCCAUUGCUCGAGGCCAGAAGAUCCCCAUCUUCUCCGCUGCCGGUCUUCCUCACAACGAAAUCGCCGCCCAGAUUUGUCGUCAAGCCGGCCUGGUCAACAAACCCACAAAGGACGUACAUGAUGGUCACGAAGAGAACUUCUCGAUUGUUUUCGCUGCUAUGGGUGUGAACAUGGAAACCAGCCGUUUCUUCACGCGUGAUUUUGAGGAGAAUGGCAGUAUGGAACGAGUGACGCUGUUCCUGAACUUGGCAAAUGACCCUACGAUUGAACGUAUCAUUACCCCUCGUCUGGCUCUGACCACCGCCGAAUACUACGCUUACCAGCUGGAAAAGCACGUGCUGGUCAUCAUGACAGACCUAUCGGCUUACUGUGACGCUCUUCGUGAAGUUUCAGCCGCGCGAGAAGAAGUGCCGGGUCGUCGUGGCUACCCCGGUUACAUGUACACUGAUCUGUCGACGAUUUACGAACGAGCCGGACGAGUCGAGGGUCGUAACGGAUCUAUCACCCAGAUUCCCAUUUUGACCAUGCCUAACGAUGAUAUCACCCACCCUAUUCCUGACUUGACAGGCUACAUUACUGAGGGCCAAAUCUUCAUUGACCGUCAGCUGUACAACAAGGGCGUCAACCCGCCAAUUAACGUCCUCCCCUCUCUUUCCCGUCUGAUGAAAUCCGCCAUCGGCGAAGGCCGUACUCGGAAAGAUCACUCUGAUGUGUCCAACCAGUUAUAUGCCAAAUACGCCAUUGGACGAGAUGCCGCCGCCAUGAAGGCUGUCGUCGGUGAGGAGGCCCUGUCCUCGGAAGAUAAGCUGUCUCUCGAAUUCCUGGACAAAUUCGAGCGAUCCUUCAUCAGCCAGUCCGCUUAUGAAUCACGAACCAUCUUCGAAUCUCUGGAUAUCGCCUGGAACCUGCUCCGCAUUUACCCCAAGGACCUGCUCAACCGUAUCCCCAAGCGUAUCCUGGACGAAUUCUAUGCCCGCUCCGCUCGCAAAGUAGCCAACAAGGAUACACGAGACAGCUUCUCUACUCCUGAGCAAGUUCAUUCGCAGGGCGCUGACCUCAUUGAGACCUAG